AGCUGGCGAAAAUGAAGUCACAUCUUGCCAUUCUUUUUUCGCCUCGAAAAAUUUUAUGAGGAAAAUUUCCUUUCACUUCCUCAUUUAUUUCCUUUUCCUGUAACCUAAAUGGUCAAGCGGCUGUGAAUGUUAUCUUCCAUGAGAAGCAAAAAAUAGGGUUUGGUCUCGGAGUCUGCGUAGUGAAUGGCUCACUGGAUCUGGCGCAUGCGCAUCUUUUGUGGUGCUGCAAGAUGGCUGCCAGCCAUUUUGUCGCGCGUUGCUGCUCCGAGGAGUUGGGGGCGAUGGCUGCAGCCACUGAAGACUAACAGUGGUCUCAGUGGUGGGAAUUUUCUGUCUCUGUUGUGUGAACUGAACACACCCAAGACAGCGACCAAAAGCAGCAAAGGGCGGGGCGGUGGAACCCCCCACCCGGCUAACCUUAGUCCAGCUCCCUCACCCAUCCCUCCCAGUUUUUCCUUCCAUCCCGCUACACGCUGAUCUUCUGCGCAGGCGCAAAAAUAAUCGUAGCGCCUCCUGGGCCCUGGGGGCUUCAGAGCUCCUGCGCGCGCUUGUGGUUGUCCACUCCUGAUUGGUUAGGUUGCCCCGCCAUCACGCCUCCCUCUGCUUUCAAGGUUGAGAAGGAAGCGGAGGGGGCGGGGGUGGGGCCAAGUGGCGCGUGCGCGAUACUGUUGCUGCCCCUUUGCUGCUAUUGCGUUGCAAAAAAAAAAAUCCUGACUAGGUAGCCUUGGACCUUUUCUGUGCUAGCGAGUCUAAAGGAAAGAAAGAUUUCUGCAACUGAAGGGGCAGUCGGGUAGUAUUACAUUUAAGAUAUUAACGCCCGACCUGGCUCACAGGAGUGUGGGAACAGGGGCGGGGAAGGGCCUUAGCAUUGAGAGCCGAAAAGUAUAAAACGAUUAGUUUCGGCGUCAGGCGUUUCGAAAGGCUUUGCAGGUCCUGUUUUCUGCGUAAUUUUUCCGUGAUUACUGACUGGUUUAAACACGACCCCUUGAACAACAUUGAUAAAACCUCUGAGACCCGCAACCCUUCCUUGCAGCGUGUAGGAGCUGCCAGCGUGCCCAGCAGCUGGUGUUCCCGUCCGUACCUCCAGAAGAGGCCAACGCGUGCACCAUCCCCACCCCCUAGCCUCCCUCCCCACCUACGGCUUUCACGCACUCGCAGUGAUUGUUUUGCCCGCUCCCGCCGCCGCCGCCGCCGCCGCCGCCGCCGCCAGAGGAGUAGCAGCGCUUGUGCAAACCGGGAAGAUGGCGGCCGGCGGCGGCGGAGGCAGCAGUAAGGCCUCCUCCUCGUCGGCCUCUUCGGCAGGGGCUCUGGAGUCCUCGUUGGAUCGAAAAUUCCAGUCGGUAACCAACACCAUGGAGUCCAUUCAAGGCUUGUCGUCUUGGUGUAUAGAGAACAAAAAACACCACAGUACUAUCGUCUACCAUUGGAUGAAGUGGCUCCGGAGAUCUGCAUAUCCUCACCGUUUGAAUCUCUUUUACCUUGCCAAUGAUGUCAUACAGAACUGUAAAAGGAAAAAUGCAAUCAUAUUCCGUGAAUCAUUUGCUGAUGUACUUCCUGAAGCAGCUGCUCUAGUGAAGGAUCCAUCUGUCUCUAAGUCUGUAGAACGAAUCUUUAAAAUCUGGGAAGAUAGAAAUGUAUACCCAGAAGAAAUGAUUGUGGCAUUGAGAGAAGCUUUGAGUACCACUUUCAAAACUCAGAAGCAGCUGAAAGAAAAUCUGAACAAACAACCGAAUAAGCAGUGGAAGAAAUCACAAACAUCUACAAAUCCAAAAGCUGCUCUCAAGUCUAAGAUAGUUGCUGAAUUUCGAUCUCAGGCCCUAAUUGAAGAGCUGUUGCUAUACAAGCGCUCAGAAGAUCAGAUAGAACUGAAGGAAAAGCAGUUGUCAACUAUGAGGGUGGAUGUGUGCAGCACAGAAACUCUCAAAUGCUUAAAAGAUAAAACAGGUGGGAAGAAGUUCUCCAAAGAAUUUGAAGAGGCAAGCUCCAAGCUGGAAGAAUUUGUGAAUGGAUUAGAUAAGCAGGUGAAAAAUGGACCCUCAUUAACAGAAGCACUGGAAAAUGCUGGAAUUUUCUAUGAAGCACAAUACAAAGAAGUAAAAGUGGUGGCCAAUGCAUAUAAAACCUUUGCUAACCGAGUAAACAAUUUAAAGAAGAAGUUGGAUCAAUUGAAGUCAACCCUUCCAGAUCCUGAAGAAUCACCAGUUCCUUCCCCAAGCAUGGACGCUCCCUCCCCGACUGGUUCUGAGUCUCCUUUUCAGGGAAUGGGAGGUGAGGAAUCCCAGUCACCAACCAUGGAGAGUGAGAAAUCUGCCACACCUGAACCUGUGACAGAUAAUCGUGAUGUGGAAGACAUGGAACUCUCAGAUGUGGAAGAUGAUGGGUCAAAAAUCAUUGUCGAGGACAGGAAGGAAAAACCUGCAGAGAAGUCAGCUGUAUCCACUUCCGUACCUACAAAGCCAACAGAAAAUAUCUCAAAGGCCUCUUCAUGUACCCCAGUGCCUGUGACCAUGACAGCAACUCCACCUCUUCCAAAGCCUGUGAAUACUUCUCUUUCCCCUUCCCCAGCGUUGGCUUUGCCAAACCUGGCUAAUGUGGAUCUGGCAAAGAUCAGUUCCAUCCUUAGCAGUUUAACGUCAGUCAUGAAAAAUACUGGGGUCAGUCCUGCAUCAAGACCUUCUCCAGGAACUCCCACCAGCCCCAGCAACCUCACCAGUGGCCUGAAAACACCUGCACCUGCCACGACAACAUCUCACAACCCUCUGGCAAAUAUCCUCUCCAAGGUGGAGAUCACCCCAGAGAGCAUUCUGUCUGCACUUUCCAAAACCCAGACACAGUCAGCCCCUGCACUGCAAGGCCUGUCAUCUUUACUUCAGAGUGUUACUGGGAACCCAGUUCCAGCCAGUGAAGCUGCCUCACAGAGCACUUCAGCCUCCCCUGCCAACACCACAGUCUCUACCAUAAAGGGAAGAAAUCUGCCCUCCAGUGCCCAACCUUUUAUUCCCAAAAGCUUCAGCUAUUCUCCUAACUCAUCAACUUCUGAAGUCUCUUCAACUUCAGCCAGCAAGGCCUCAAUUGCGCAAAGCCCAGGGCUCCCAAGCACUACUUUUAAACUACCUUCCAACACUUUGGGGUUUACAGCUACCCACAAUACUAGCCCUGCUGCCCCACCUACUGAAGUUACCAUGUGCCAAUCUUCAGAGGUCUCCAAGCCAAAGCUGGAGUCAGAGUCCACCUCCCCAAGCCUGGAAAUGAAGAUCCACAACUUCUUAAAAGGUAAUCCUGGUUUCAGUGGCUUAAACUUAAACAUCCCAAUCCUGAGCAGUUUGGGGUCCAGCGCCCCAUCAGAGAGCCAUCCCUCAGACUUCCAGCGUGGCCCUACUAGCACCUCAAUCGACAACAUUGAUGGAACCCCUGUACGGGAUGAACGGAGUGGGACACCCACCCAGGAUGAGAUGAUGGACAAGCCCACAUCCAGCAGUGUAGAUACUAUGUCCCUGCUUUCUAAGAUCAUUAGCCCUGGUUCGUCAACACCCAGCAGUACAAGAUCACCACCCCCUGGGAGAGAUGAAAGCUACCCCCGAGAGCUCUCCAAUUCUGUAUCUACAUAUCGACCCUUUGGUCUGGGCAGUGAAUCUCCCUAUAAGCAGCCUUCUGAUGGAAUGGAGAGACCAUCUUCCCUGAUGGACUCUUCACAGGAAAAGUUCUACCCAGAUACUUCUUUCCAAGAGGAUGAGGAUUACCGAGAUUUUGAGUAUUCAGGGCCUCCACCCUCUGCCAUGAUGAACCUAGAGAAGAAACCAGCCAAAUCUAUCCUGAAAUCAAGCAAGCUGUCUGAUACCACCGAGUACCAGCCAAUUCUGUCCAGUUAUAGCCACAGAGCCCAAGAAUUUGGGGUAAAGUCUGCCUUCCCUCCAUCUGUAAGGGCCCUCCUGGACUCUAGUGAGAACUGUGACCAUCUCUCAUCUUCCCCUGGGCUAUUUGGUGCCUUCAGCGUAAGAGGGAAUGAACCUGGGUCUGACCGGUCACCAUCACCGAGUAAGAAUGAUUCAUUUUUCACCCCUGACUCCAACCACAAUAGCUUGUCUCAAUCUACCACUGGCCAUCUCAGUUUGCCACAGAAGCAGUACCCAGACUCUCCUCACCCAGUCCCACAUCGUUCCCUUUUCUCUCCGCAGAACACCCUUGCCGCUCCCACGGGUCACCCACCCACAUCAGGCGUGGAGAAAGUCCUGGCCUCCACCAUUUCCACCACGUCGACGAUUGAAUUUAAGAAUAUGCUUAAAAACGCCUCACGUAAGCCCUCAGAUGAUAAGCAUUUUGGCCAGGCCCCCAGCAAGGGCACUCCAAGUGAUGGUGUCAGUCUCUCAAACCUCACCCAACCCAGCUUGACCGCCACUGAUCAGCAGCAACAAGAAGAGCACUACCGCAUAGAAACCCGCGUCUCCUCCUCCUGCUUAGACUUGCCUGAUAGCACAGAAGAAAAGGGGGCCCCUAUAGAAACCUUGGGUUAUCACAAUGCAUCCAAUAGGAGGAUGUCAGGGGAGCCGAUCCAGACCGUAGAGUCCAUCCGAGUUCCUGGGAAGGGAAAUAGAGGACAUGGGCGUGAGGCUUCAAGGGUGGGUUGGUUUGAUCUGAGCACAUCAGGUAGCUCUUUUGACAAUGGCCCUUCAAGUGCCUCUGAGUUGGCAUCCCUUGGGGGUGGGGGCAGCGGAGGCCUCACUGGCUUUAAAACAGCACCAUACAAGGAACGGGCACCUCAAUUUCAGGAGAGUGUUGGCAGCUUUCGUUCCAACAGUUUCAACUCAACAUUUGAGCAUCAUCUUCCCCCAUCCCCCUUGGAACAUGGGACACCCUUCCAGAGAGAGCCAGUGGGGCCAUCAUCUGCCCCACCUGUCCCUCCUAAGGAUCAUGGUGGUAUCUUCUCUCGAGAUGCACCCACUCAUCUAUCCUCUGUGGAUCUUUCGAACCCCUUCACAAAGGAGGCAGCCCUGGCCCAUGCUGCCCCACCCCCUCCUCCCGGAGAGCACAGUGGAAUUCCUUUCCCUACCCCACCUCCUCCUCCCCCUCCUGGGGAACAUAGCAGCAGUGGUGGGAGUGGUGUCCCCUUUUCUACUCCACCCCCUCCUCCACCCCCUGUUGACCACUCUGGAGUUGUACCCUUCCCAACCCCACCACUGGCUGAGCACGGAGUGGCAGGGGCUGUGGCAGUAUUUCCCAAGGACCAUAGUUCCCUCCUUCAAGGGACCCUGGCUGAGCAUUUUGGGGUACUCCCAGGACCCAGGGACCACGGGGGCCCCACCCAACGGGACCUCAACGGCCCUGGCCUUAGCCGUGUACGAGAGAGCCUGACCCUACCCUCCCAUUCUCUGGAACACCUGGGCCCACCCCAUGGAGGAGGAGGUGGGGGAGGCAGCAACAGCAGCAGUGGCCCCCCCUUGGGUCCCUCACACAGAGACACCAUCAGCCGGAGUGGUAUGAUCUUACGGAGUCCCCGGCCAGACUUUCGGCCUAGGGAACCUUUUCUCAGCAGAGACCCGUUUCACAGUUUAAAGAGACCCAGGCCACCUUUUGCUAGGGGCCCUCCGUUCUUUGCACCAAAACGCCCAUUCUUCCCUCCCAGGUACUGAUGGAAACCAAGGGAAAGGCAUUUUGAACAGUCUAGAGAACAUGGAAGUAGGAGUUUGGUUUAUUGUUGUUUUUAUUUGUUUUCUCUUUCUCGAUUUUUUUUUUUUUAUUAUAACAAAGGGCCUCUCUUCCAAAGUAAGAAAUCACAUAUGCUUACGUUUUACUAUUCAAUUCAAUCCUCCCUCCCAUUGCACUUAUCUACCUUCCCCAAGUUGUUUGUAUUAAAAAAAAAAAAAAAAAAAAAAAGAAACACAACCAAAGCCACUUUAUUUGGCUGGGGGAUUGGGGAGUGGGGAGGAAAACAAUCUUUAUUUUACCCCAUCUAUUGAAGAGUAUUAUUACAUUUGAAAUAAAACUUCCAUCAGUACAGAUAACCACAUGUGCAAUGUUGGGAUGUUAUUUUGGGCUUGGCUUAUCAAGUAGUCAAUGGAAGGAUUCCCGUCCCCUCUCUCUGCAGCUUAGUAACUGCUGUAGCCAGCUCGGCUCCCUUCCCUGUGUAUCUGUGUCCUGCUAACAGCCAAGAGAUGUUGCAAGGGAGGAAAUGUGGGAGACCUUGAACCUGUCAGGUUUAUUUGUUUUGUUUUUAAAGGCAUGUUGAAGUUUAGUUCUUUACCCUUCUCCUAAAAUCUUUUUUUAAUCAGCCUCAAGGUUAAAAUAAGGAGUGACUACAGUAUAUAAAAUAAGGAAAGGAAGCAUUAAUGGUGUGAUGUGACCUGCCUGUUUUUUGUAAACAAGAGAAUAGGAAAUGUUUUCAAGGUAGUUUCACAUGUCUUGCACCAAGCUCAUGCCUCUUGCUUUUCUUUUUUGACUUUAUCUCCCUCAGUUUUUCUUCUGCUGUGGCCAGAAAGACAGUCACUACAGUUGACUAUUGAUACAAAGGUGCAACAGAAAUAUUAUCCCUGCAUUUUUAAGUAUAAGAAGUAGACAUUAAUUUUACCACGGUGCCUCCCUAAUGUAAGUGAUAUUUAUUGGUGGUUUUCAACAAAGGUUAACUAUUAAAGAAAGAAAUAUUUGUCUUUAUCUUCCUUUUCCCCUUGCCUCAGUCGUGUUAUUCACCCCUAUUCUUGAUAUUUUAAAGGAGGAGAUUCAGUAGCAUUUUCCUUUAUAUUAUACAAACGUGUCUAUCCCAUUUCAACGCUCAAGUCUUACCCCCACCUCUCACUCCCAGUAGGAAAUAAAGACCAUUUCUGCCCUUAGUUGUUUUACAUGCGAGAUAAGUGCUUUCCCUCUCCCUGGACUGAAAGACUUGUUUGUAUUUCUACAUCUAGUACUUGGGAAGUAGACAAUCACUGUACUUUGAGUGUUUAUAUCUUUAUAUCUAGGAACACUGAAAAGUAAAUGUUGCUUUACUACAAUUUUUUUUUUAAUUUAGUGUCUUACCCCAAGGCAUACUCACUGAUAAUCUCCAGCUAGAUGAGUAAAACAGUAUGUGUUUAGUUUUCCAGAGAAUUCUAGCAAGUUUCAUAUUUUCUUCCAAGUUAGUAUAGAACUAACUAUAGGAUGUAUGGGGUUGCUUUUUCCUCCAGUGGAAUAUUAAAGAUGGGGGAGGGUGGGCAAUGUAGUGACAGAAAAUGAUUCUCUCAGAAUGAGCUUUUCAGAGAAAGAGCAGCAUAAACCAGGUGCACAUCAUGAUUUGGGAGUUUUUGCGUAAUUUAUUCUGUUAUUUAUUUGGGCUCGCCAUGUGUUCUGGGGUUAGGAUGCUGCAGGUCAUUCAUCUUAAUGCCUGUCUGGUCUUAAGCCAACUGUUCUUUCUUUCCUCAACCCUCUCUGCCCUGUAGCUCUCCCCACAAAAAUGCAUGAUACCAUGACCUUAUGUGUGGGAUAGGGUAUGUAGUGUAGCAAAGAAAAGAAAGUAUAGUUAUAUUGAGUCCUAAGACAUUUGUUAGGGAAAAGCAUAAGAGAAAAUGGGGUGGGAGGUGGGGAAAUUAUAUUUGACUUUCAAAAUUGAAAUAGUUUUUUUUUUUUUUUUUGGCAGAAAUUAAAUGGGAUGUUUUUCAUUCUAGAAUAAAAGAAUGUGAAUUCUCUCUGCUGCUCUUGUUUAAGCUAAAAGUAGUGUUUACUUGAAAAGGCUCUCUGACCAUUUAAUUUUUAUCAGAAAAUGUGGGGAUGUCAGGAAAGUGGCUUCCUGAACGUUGGGGUGGGAUAAUUGUCCUCAAAAGUAUGAUGGUUAAUACACGAAAGGAAAACUUUGUUGUACAGUUUCAAAGAUGGGCUUUUAAGGAGUUGGGUUUUUGUGGGGUACUUUUUUGUUUUUUAAGCCACAAAAUCCUCAAUAUGUUUGUUUUAGGAUGGAAGUGAGGAUUUGUAUGAGACUGUCAGCUAUUAAUUUUAAGGAAAUCUUAAAAUUUACAUUUACAUCAGUAAAUGAAGAUGACAAUGUGUAUAUAUGUGAUAUAGUGUAACAAAAAAGACAGUUCUGGUAUUCAUAACAUGAAAGAAAGGGGUUUUAUUCUUUCUGUGUCUGUGAUUUAAAACUCCGUGACCAUGCUCUGACUUUUGUAUUUCAACCUGAGUUUAAACAAAUAAACAAGAUAUUUUUUAAAGAAAGCAUAACAUAGUGUGUCUUAGCAAGGACAUGAUUCAUAUGGAAGCAGGAUGUGAGAAGUUGUAAGGUCCUUGGUACUCACUGUAAAAUCACAGACAGAGAAUUGGUAGGGGUUGUGAAUACACUAGUACCACUUAAAGUUCAGUGAUACAGUAUCAGAAAUAGGGUCCUUAAGUAUUUUGAAAGAGUUUACUCUUCAGUCAGCUUAGAUGAGAGCUCUCUCCCUGCUCCCCUCUACCCUCUCAAAAGUUGAGAGUAAAUAGAAUUUGGUUUGAUUCCAGGGAGGGGAAGAUAAGCAGAGAACAGGACUUUUGUACUUUCCAAUACCAGGAAUAAAAUGUUUGUGAUACAUAUGGGUACAGCAAACCUAUCGAGAUAAUGUGAAUACGAUAAACUUCCUAAUGGCAGGAUAUUCGCUCUCAAUCCUGCAGAAUUGAGCUUCAGCUGUUACUGUUUUGAAGCCGCUGUAAAUUACUGCUUUCCCCAGUUCCCCCACUAUUUUUUUUAAAUGGGUGGGGGCGCCUGUUAAGAUCUAAAAUAGAUAUGUUGGAUUGACAUUCUCACGUGUUCGGUGUGGAAAACAAAACAAGUACAUGCUUUAGAAGCAACAACAAUGAAAUCCUUUUGAAAUGUGUGUUAAUAUCAUUUAAUAAAAUAACUAGUUUGAAA